GGCGGAGAACGGCCGACCUCUCAUGUGGGUCCUGCUCAGCGCACGCACCGCCUCUGCGCAUGUCAAGCGACACGUGCAACGACUGUAGUAAGUGGCCUGUGUCGUGCUCAUGUUAUGAGCCUUUUCUGAAGAUAAUUAAUUCUUCUUAACUUGCGUGGAGGGUCACCUAUCAUUUGUAAAUGGGAGGUCUUCAAAAGAAAAAGUUUGAAAGGGGCUCUGCCACCAACUACAUCACAAGAAACAAAGCUCGCAAGAAGUUGCAGCUGAGUCUCCCAGACUUCAGGCGGCUGUGCAUCCUUAAAGGCAUCUACCCUCAUGAGCCCAAGCACAAGAAGAAGGUGAACAAAGGCUCCACAGCUGCAAGGACCUUCUACCUGCUCAAAGACAUCCGCUUUCUUCUUCAUGAGCCAAUCGUUGGAAAGUUCAGGGACUACAAGGUUUUUGUUCGCAAACUUAAGAAGGCAUACGGAAAAACAGAAUGGUCUGCUGUGGAGAGACUGAGGGAGAACAAGCCAACCUACAAAUUGGACCACAUCAUCAAAGAGAGGUAUCCCUCUUUCAUCGAUGCCCUCCGUGAUAUUGAAGAUGCCCUGUGCAUGUGCUUCCUCUUCUCCACCUUCGCCCGUACAGGAAAAUGUCACGUUCAGACAAUCCAGCUCUGCAGGCGUCUCACUGUGGAGUGGAUGAAUUACGUGAUCACAUCUCGUGCUCUCAAAAAGGUGUUCAUCUCCAUCAAGGGAAUAUAUUACCAGGCUGAGGUGAUGGGACAGCUCAUUACAUGGCUGGUGCCGUAUCAGUUCUCCCAUGAUCAUCCAACUGAUGUGGACUACAGAGUAAUGGCAACUUUCACAGAGCUGUACACCACCCUCUUCGGGUUUGUCAACUUCAGACUCUAUCAUUCCCUGAACCUGAUCUAUCCUCCAAAGCUGGACAGCAAAGCAGCGUCAGACCUGAAGGAAGAGGAUGAGGACGACUACGCCAUGAACUCAGAAAGCUACUUGGAGAAACUAUCAGCUCUGAGUGCCAGCCUGGCACGGGUGGUUUCUUCUACAGAGGAAGAGGAAGCUCAACUCGACCAGUUUCCCGUUGAAGGGGAGGAUAUUGAACAGAUGGAAGCCAGGGAAAAGGAACAGCAACAGCAGGAGACUGAGAAAAAGCUUUUUGUGGGACUAAAGUUCUUCCUCAACAGAGAAACACCCAGAGAGUCGCUGGCUUUUGUCAUCCGGUGUUUUGGUGGUGAGGCAUCCUGGGACAAGUCUCUUUGCAUUGGUAGCACAUAUGAUGUGACAGACGAGACCAUCACACAUCAUAUUGUUGACAGACCUAACAUGGAGAAACAGUACAUCAACAGGUACUACAUCCAGCCACAGUGGGUGUAUGACUGUGUCAAUGCCAAAAUGGUCCUGCCUGUGGAGGACUAUUUCCUGGGAGUGACCCUGCCCCCUCACCUCUCUCCUUUCGUAGAGGAGAAAGACGGAGACUACGUGCCCCCCGAAAAACUCAAGAUCAUGGCCUUACAGCGAGGAGAAAAACCUGCCAAUGAACAGGAAGAAGAAGAGGACGAGGAAGAAGAGGAAGAUGAGGAGGAUGAAGAUGAGGGAGAUGAAGACAAUGAUGAAGAAGACGAAGAAGAAGAUGAGAAGAAUCUCAAAAAGAUGGAAGAACAAAGAUCCCAGGGCAAGGUUAAAGUAACACCCGGCAAAGUAAAGGUAGAAAACCCUGCACGCCUGGAGGAGGAAGAGAAAGCGGAGGAGAAGCGUCUGGCUAUCAUGAUGAUGAAGAAAAAGGAGAAGUACCUUUACGACAAGAUCAUGUUCGGAAAGAAGAGAAAAGUCCGAGAGGCUAACAAGCUUACUGCCAAGAGGAAGGCCCAUGAUGAUGCGGAAAAAUCAAAGAAGAAGAAGACCAGGAAAUGACUCAUCUGAUUGUGUAUUCAUCAGACUGACCAUGUAUUUAAUGCGCAUCACAGGUUGACAUGUCACAAAGCCUGUUAGUGCAUUAGAGAGUUCUGUGAGUGAGCUACAUGCAUCGUGACAUGGGUGCAUUGACCUCUGCAUAAUGUCAAGCUUAAAUGCAGGAUGUGCUUUAUGCCAACUGUAAUUAUUCCUGUAAAAGUGACUGUGUUAUUUGAUGUUUUCUCUUUGAAUCUAUCUACAUUAAAAUAUGUCUUCCAUUUCAUGUUCAAA